CUCGACACGCACAACUCGCACGUCAUGAACACUCACGGGGUAGACAACCGCCUCGUACCGUGGAUGCAAUGAGCCCCUGUGCAACGCGUCCCUGUGUAGGGCGCGUGCAAAGCGCCAAAUUACCGAUGUUUCAGGAGCUGUGGCGAGCACAACAGGGGAAUUGAUGCGAGUGCAUCUUAUCGGCUCGCAUGGACAUGGAGCCGACAUGCAGUCAUGGCCGAUAGCGCAGGAACCCUGCGGCUCCAGCCUUGGAGACGUUCGCCGGCGCGUCGCCCGGACUCUCUCGCCUCGGUAUAUGGUCGGUAGAGAAGUUUCGGAGAGUAUCUUGUGGGCUUCGUGCAGCAUACGCGCCUUAUCUUUCUGCAAUCCAACUACACAUGAGGUGGACGGCGAAAGCAGAGCAGAGUCAGAAUCGUCGAGGGAGAAGAUCCCGCGGAGAGGCGUCGCUGCGCUCGUGGACUGUAAACUAGUGGCUGCGAUGCCGAUUGGCCAGUUUCUCUCCACGGGGUCGAGUCCGGAGAAAAGGCCCGUGCAAGACACGUUUUCAGGGCGUGUGUGCGAGCGUCAGCGUGAUGCGAGCUGGGAAUCCGUGCUCGACAAGCGCCCAGGAACAUUACCACCAAUCAUCUUUAGGCUAUCUCGCAGAGGUCGCCCUCGGAGGUGUCUGUGAACGCGGGGAAAGACCGAGGCUUGCGUCCGGGGAUUUCAUGUGGAACCACUCGCCAAAUAUUUAUCGAUAACGCUGUUCCUGUACCUGUCCUUUUUUGUUUCGUUCCUGCAGUUCAUCUCUUCUGUCCCUCCUUUUACUGCAUUGCUUUACUCCCCGCUCAAUCCUCUCCUUCUACACACCACCAUGGCCGUCCUUCCCACCACCGGCCACGUCGGCAGCCUCACUCCCACCGAAGAAGCCAAGCUGCAGGAAUUCUGGACACUGCUCUUCACCACCGUCUCCUCGCUGCUUUCCGCCGUCUACGACGUCCCCCGCCCCGAAGGCUCCCCGAACGAACUCUUCAAGCUCCUCAACAACAUCAAAGAACCCACAGUCGACGGCAUCCUCGACGCACUGAAGAGCAAGCCGGCAGAAACCAACGGCACAAAUGGCACCUCCAACGGAACCAAUGGCGCUGUCGCAGAAAAGUCCCUCGAUAAAGUCGAGUCGCUUGUGAACAAGGCCGACGGCAAGACGCUGCUCGACCAGCUUUCCAAGGAGAAAGUCACCAAAGCGCAUCUCACUACCCUCACCGCCGACCUGCACAAAGCAGGCCUCCACGACGCCGAAAUCAAAGCCAUGGAGAAGAUCCUGACCAAGAUGUCCCUCGCAGAAAUGUGCUUCGCGCUCUUGAAGAUGGCCAAGCAGGAGCAUCCCGACUCGCUUCUCCUCCGGUUCCUGCGCGCCCGUAAAUGGGACGUGAACAAGGCCUUUGGCAUGAUGGCGAAUGCGAUCUACUGGCGCCAGACAUUCGGGGUUGAUGACGACGUCGUCCCCAAGGGCGAGCUGCACGCCUGGCAGCAGGCGCAUGAUUCGUCUCUGAGCAAGGCCGAACAGAAGGAGGGCAAGGACUUUAUCUCGCAGCUGGAGAUGGGCAAGAGUUACCUGCAUGGGCUGGACCGUGAGGGCCGACCGGUAAACAUCGUACGAGUGAAGCUGCACAAGCCUGGCGCGCAGACGGCGGCUGCGCUUGAGCGAUACAUUGUACACGUUAUCGAGUCGACGCGCGUUCUUGUCGCUCCCCCGGUUGAGACAGGCACAAUCCUCUUCGACAUGACGGGCUUCACCCUCGGCAACAUGGAAUACCACCCCGUGAAGUUCAUCAUCCAAUGCUUCGAAGCCAACUACCCUGAAUCCCUCGGCCUGCUACUGAUCCACAAUGCCCCCUGGAUUUUCUCAGGAAUCUGGAAGAUCAUCCACGGCUGGAUGGACCCCGUCGUCGCCUCCAAAGUCCAAUUCACAAAGAACAUCAACGACCUCGAUAAAUUCAUCCCCCGCGAGAAAAUCCCCAAGGAGCUCGGCGGCGACCAAGAAUUCACAUACAAAUACAUCGAGCCCCUCGCCGAUGAGAACGCCCUCAUGGCUGAUAAAGCCGCAGGCGACGCAGCGAUGGUCAGCCGGAUGAUGACGGGCCUGGAGUUCGUCGCGUCGACUGCGGCGUGGAUCUCCGCCUCACACUCGGCGAAGAAGUCCGGUGAGGAGGGCGAGAAGGAGGCCGCGAAACAUCUUGCUGAGAGGCGCGCUGAGGUUAUUGAGAGGUUCCGACAGAGUUACUGGAAGUUGGAUCCGUAUGUUCGCGCUAGAGCACUGAUUGAUCGCCGGGGGGCGAUUAAGGAUGGGGUUGUACACGAUUUUUAGGAGGGGUAGAAGUGUAUGAUGUAUGGCUAUGUGAUGUGAUUUGUAUGUGAUAUCCUGCUAUGUUGCAAUUAUUUUCUUCUCUUCCUCUAUUGUUUUCUUCUUCAUAUCAGGUGGACUAGGCUCUAGUAGCUCUGGAGUGAAGAGCCGUCGCUGUGCGAGGAGUCCCAGUCUUUAUCGCAAACUUCCUUGGCUAGAAAUAGAAACCUGGAUUCCAUCACCGAUUUCCACUGCAGAGCAAGAACUGAGAGGUGUUGUUUGUCAUCUAUCCCGUCAGC